AUGACCUACGCUAAGGGAAGAGCGAAGUGCACCCUCGCGUCCAAGCUCCUCCGUUUUCUGUUCCUCCAGGAGGUCGGUGUUGCCAUUUUCGAGCGCUCAGGCUUGCCGCCCGUCGCGGGAGGCCUAGAGGUGGAGAAGGAGGUCCUGAGCGCCAUCGAGGCCCGGAGUAGCUCGGUGGUCAACGUCACCAUCAGCCCCGCGCGGGUCCUCGACGACGGGGUCCACAACGUCCACAGGAAGGUCCUCGCGCAGCACCUAAAGGAAAAGGACGACGACCACGGCAGAAGCGGCGGCGGCGGCGGCAAACUGACGCAUUUCUUAGACGCCAAGGAAUUCUUCAACAGCAUCUCGAGCAAGAACUUCACGCGCAUCCACAGCGCCCGGGCCAUUCAGCUGCAGAGCGAAGGUGCGCAAACAGAAGACGACGACGAUGGCAAAGGGACCAAAGAAACAAGUAGUAAAAAGGAAGAGGAAGAAGGAGUGAGCGCUGAUGCUGACCAGGAUAAGGAGGAACCAGAGGAAACGAAGGAGAAGAAGAAGAAAAAGCAGGACAAGAAACCCCUAGACACCCCGACUCCAGUGCCGGAGGAGAGAGCAGAGAGCGAUGACAAUGAGGACAAUGAACGCAAACGGCCACAGUGGCAAUGGUCACAAGGGCCGAAAGUGAAGAGCAAAAACUACGCAUCACCCGACUGUGGCUCGAAACUGAUGUCUGCCAAUCCCGAAGCCACACACGCGUCGAAGGUGAUCCAUUCAAACAGGGAUGAGUAUAUGUUGAACAAGUGCAGGGACAAGAUUUGGUUCAUUAUUGAACUCUGCGAGAGCAUCCGACCACAAAAGUUUGACAUUGCCAAUUUUGAACUCUUCAGUAAUUUACCGAAGGAAAUCCAGGUAUCGGGAAGUCAUCGCUAUCCAUCACGGGAUUGGUCUUCUUUGGGGCGGUUCACGGCGCAGGAGGGCAACCGCGGCGUCCAGUCCUUCCACGUGGACACCGAAGACUUUUACAAAUACGUCAAGGUUGAAGUCUUGAGUCAUUAUGGUUCAGAAUUCUUCUGCCCAAUAUCUCUUUUUCGCAUUUAUGGUCUGUCUGAAUUCGAAGUCAUUGAUACAAUAGAAGAUGUCAGUGAGGACAGUGAAGACAGUGAAGAAACUUUCACGGAAGCAGUGGAGGAAGAAAAUUCUGGAAAGAAGCACAAAGAUGAAGGAAAGCCAAGUGUGAUCCCAGCUGUGCUUAAGAAUAUGUUUACUGGAGUCUUAGAUGUCAUCAAGAGAGGGUAUAGACCAAGCAGUAUCUCAACAGAACCAGAUGAGAGAUGUUAUUCCCUUCACCCCAAGUUUGCAAUGGAAAGUGGCAUGUGUUCAAUGGCUGGAACCCUGAACUACAUAUUAUCUUGCUACAAAAUGGAGUAUGAGGCCCUCAUGUUACAGCCCUUUGUUUCGUUUACCGUCAAGAAUUCAAGCUUUUGUCGCAGGCUAGCUUCAGUGAUGUGUGCAGAGCCUGAGGUCAAUGAUAGUGUUGUUUAUGAUACUGUUUGCAAUAACAGUUAUGUAUGUGUUAUGUUGUCCCCAAAGCACGUGCUGGCCAUGUGCUUUAUGCAAGAUCCUAGAAUAGUUGACAGCCAAACAGCUUGUGAUCCCAGUGAUACUCAUCUGCCUGAAAAUUUCUCAACAACCUCUUCAGAUAUCAUGACAACCUCAAAGCAAAUACCAUCAUAUGUCAAAAAUGCAGUGAUCAAUACAUCCAGCAUAACAAGAGCAGAUGCCACAGAUGCAAACAUCAGUAGGCCCUCAGAAGUUCAAGGGCUGAAGCUCAUUGAAAUAGAAGACGGUCAGGCACCAGCAGAGCAAGACUCGGAGAAAUCAGACGAAGCAUCCCAGACCCCUUCUCCUGACAGCGGACCAAGUCAGCCCCAGAAGGUAGCUGCUAAAGAACCCAAGGCCAGUGGAAAUACUGUUCAGGAGAAGGUGGCAAAGGAGAUGGAAUCUGACUCCUCUGCUGGGGAAACCCUGGAGCCCGUGGAGGUUGAGGGCUCAGGAUUUGGAGAGGUGAACUUGGAGGAGGAAGAGUUUGCCCCUAGUGAGGACCUUGCUACAGUGGCCCCUCCUCCUCCUUCCUCUACCCCACCUCCAGUUGAGCCCAAGCAACUUUCAAGCUCGCCAACAAACAAGGAAUCCAUUGUAGUUCGAUUAUCUAAUAAGAUUAAGGCUCUGGAAUACAACAUGUCAAUCAGCAGUCAGUACCUUGAGGAGUUGAGCAGGAGGUACAAGCGACAGAUGGAGGAAAUGCAGAAGCAAUUUAAUCUCACCAUUGCUGCCCUGAAUGCCACAUCCCGCCAGGCCUAUGAGCGGGACCAGGAACACCAGAGGGACAUCAAGAGCCUGGAGGAGCAACUUGGGAAUGUGAGCAACAUCCUGGAAAAGCUUGUGGAAGAAAGAGAAACUCUAGCUCACACAGUAGUGGAGCAACACUUGCUACUCAUGGUGGUGGAAGUUGUGGUGCUGUGUGUGGUGUUCACUAUUUGCCACAGGAGGAGGAUUGCUGAUAUAAGACAGGAAAAUGGAGCUUUAAAUGAAAGGAGAGCACAAACCCCAAGUGAAGAUCCUGAAAGUCAAAUUGGACUUGAGAGCAGAAGAUGCAAUUUUGAAGACCAGAUACCCAGUAGAGUGAGAAGACGGUCAGUAGACAGUAUCACCAGGGAGAGAGCAUCUCGGCCACGUCGACGAAGGCCCAGUGAAGAGGCACUCAAUAUAUCAGGUACAUAUCAAGACCUUCUCAUCAUCGAGCCAGCUAUCCCUAUCUUGAUGGAUUCAAUGGUAGACCACAAGAAGAAGAGAAAAUCGACAAGCGGAACGUUGAAGAGGUCAAAGUCCAAUGCUAGCAUAGUGGAAAAUUCCACCUUAUCCUCCAGGAGAGCAAAACGCAUAGAGAAGCUAAACAAGUCAAGUGCAGGAGUACUGUUCUGCGGGGACAAAAGUGAGUCAUGUUCCACUCCCAUCACCCCUCUGUCAUCUCCUGACUCACCAGAUAUUUCUGGGAUACCUUAUGAACCAUUCUAUAAUGAACAGGACAGUGUGUUUUAUGAAAUGUUGGAAGAAGGGGACCCUUGCAUUCCGAGGCCUUUUAUCAGUGAGUUAGAGCCAGGGGGGAAGGUACUAGUUGACACAGAGCCAAUAACUUCCAAGAGACAUUCUUUACCUUGUUGCACUAACUGUGAUAGCCAAAAUAAGAAAUCUGGUAAACUUUCUAAGUCAAUAUCUUUAUGCAGUGCAUCAGAAAGCAUAAAGAGUGGGAAGGAGAAGGGCAAAAAGGUUAAAAAGAUCAGGAAGACAAAGGAUAAUAAUAUAGAAAGUAAGUAUUUUAGUUCACAGGGACUUGAGCAAGACAGGCUUAAUGAUCUUGAUGAAGUUUUUUCCAUGCCUAAUGGAACUUCACAUGAUUUUCGAAGCCAUUCUAAUGAAUUUUAUCCUAAUGGACAUAGCAGUGUGCACUUCAGUGAAGAUACAAAAAUAAAUGGUGAGCAUGGUCACUUUUACAGUUACUCUCCAAAUAGUAUAUAUGCAGAUGGCUAUGCAAAUGGUAUCGAUUCUCAUACUCCAUUAUAUGUGGGAAAGAACUUUAUGUACACAGAUCAUGAUCGGUUACUUAUGAGUGAAAGACAAAAGGUCAUUCCAAAAGCCAAGACAAAGGUAAAGCUCCGCUCAGAUAACUGGGAAUGGUACUCAUCACAACACCCCGGGGGAAGCAGCAGCGAGACAGUGAGCACAUGCAGUGAUUCCAGCAACAGGAGUCGGAAAUUCAAGAAAGAGGAGGGGCAGGUGGCAGGGGAUGUAUGCAACACAGAGAAGAAAGUGAAGAAGAAGAAGUCAAAGGUGAGAUCGCCAGUUUUAACAAAGGAAGACACUAUACCAGAAAGAGACACAGGAACUUGACCAAUUAAUUGCUGCCAGCGUUGCCAUUGUAUUGUUCUCCUUGGACAAAGAUUACCUUGGUGAGAUGCACCGUGGGAAUUAAAGAGGAUAUUUCAACAGGCUACUGACUAUUGUUUUUCACAUAUAUAUAUAUGUUGUAUUUAUUUUUAGGCUUCAUAUUGGGAAGGUAAUUUUGUAAGUGUUUCACUUAAGUGUUUGCUCAAUGUCUAUGGUAAUUUUUGUAUUUAUUAGGUUAACAAUGUGAGAUAAUGAUUAUUUUGUGAAACUGAAAGAAAAUUUUGGUUAUAUUUUUAUUUUUCCUACGUUGUUACGUUUACUGAUGUCAGAUUAUAUGUUAUUAAUUAGCCCAUUUCUACUCUUAGCACCAACUAUAUCACAGAAAUAUGAGUUAAGAGGUGGUUUGCCUACAAUAUGUUUUGUUUUGCCUUUGAAACAAUGCAGAAGGAACCUAAAUACAGAUACCCACCACAUGGUUGACAGUUCCUGUAGUGUAGCCAUGAGUAUCCUCAGUCAAGGUAGACAAAGAUAUGGGAUAUCUUGUCAGGGACUAUGAUUCAAUACACUUAGGAAUCGGAAUGCAAGUAUUACCCCCUUGCUAGUCAUGUCUUAGGAUUCGUUUACCUAUUGCUGAGAUAAAAAAGAAGAAAAAAACACCUAGAAGUAUUAGGAUUCUCUUCUAAGAAGAAUUUUGCACCAGAUAGUUUCUCUUUCCCCUCCCCAAUUGUUUUUUUAAGAUUAGAAUUACAAUGUGAAGAUGAAGAAGGAGGAGGAGAGAAUAGUUACAAUAUUUGUAGAUUGUAGCUUCUUUGUGUAUAUUGAUUUUGUGUCAGUGAGCAAAGGAAGGUAUGUGAGUUGAUGAUGAACAUUCCUGAUUAUAUCUGUUGUAUUAUUAGAUAAUCAGAUAACUAUUUUAUAUGACUUCUCAGAUGUUUUAAGAUGUUAUUUCAAUGUAAUGUUAUUUACUUAUUGAACUAAAUGACCAUAAUUUUCUUUGUUACGUCCAUGCACCCACUAUUUCACAAGCACAGAUACACAAGUAUGCACAGACACACAUAUACAAAAACAUAAAUGAACAUACACAGACACAUACACAUGCACAAACCUAGUGCCCAAUGCCAAUUAAUGCAAUGUCCCUUAUGAGGUACUGUAAACAGUUAAAAACAGUCAUAAGGAUAGCUAUACAAGGUCCAAAAGUUUUAGCAAAAGUUCUCAUGAUAGUAAAAGUGUGGACAUAGUAUUGUAAUAAAAUAAGUCUGUUAGUACAUUGUUAUGGUUCUAGUGUUUUAUAAUCUGUGAAUCAUCCAAGAUUACAUAUUUAAUUUUUUGCCAAGGGACUUUACAUGUGUCAGCAUCAAUGUCUUUAUAUACUAUUUCAUGACACACAUGUGCCCACUUACCCACACAAACAUAUAUUAUCCAUAAGCACAUGCAAUAGUUAUAGGAGUUCUACUUGGUACGGAGACAGUUAUCAAACUAGCUUUACUGAUUUCUGUUGUUUUACCUGUUUUGCAGUCAAUUAUUUGCUUUGAGGAAUUACAUAACAAUGGAGAUCAGUGAGUAUUUUAUGAAGGAGUGAUAUCAAGCAAUUGCUUCAGCUCUCUAAUGCCUACUGACUUACUCUUUGCUUUGUGUGAAGACCUCUUUCUCGUAGGCCAGAAUGGCUUGUUAGCAGUGGUGUUGAGCUUACUCAAACAAGCUGCAAUCUGGCACAACAAGGCAAGUCAUAGAUUCUGCUGGAUUUAAGAUUGCCCAUUAGAAAUUGCAAAAUGAUUUACAAUUUUUUUGUUUCUAGCUAAAAGGAAGGAUUAACUACUAAUUCUCACUAGAAAGAUGUUGUAGAAACUAGUGCAAAGUGCAUUAUAAUGUUUUUCUUCAUUUUUUUUUUGUUUUUGUUUUUGAUAAUCAUAGUUUUUAGAGUCCUUUUUAAAAUAUAGUCAAGCAUUGAACUUCCCAUAUCAAAUGUUGAAGUAGUAUUGUGGAUAUGUGUCUUGUCUAUGAUCUAGUGAUAAGCUCAAUUGUUUUAAAAGUUUUGUUGUAAUAAUUAAAGAUGAUUAGAUAUUAAAACUGUGAUAAUAAUAUAUAAUAUAUACUGAACCUAGAUAACAUGCACAUAGUACUACUUCCUGACCCAUGGAAUAUUAUGGUAGUUGAGAUAUAUUUCAAGAUCAUUCCACUUCUUCCAUUUUUUUUUUCAAAAUCAUGUUUACAAAUACAAAAUGAAUGGUGCAAACAGACUAGUGGAAUUUAUGCCCCAAUUUUCUCUUCAGUUUUACCUUUAAUUUCUAAAGCUUAUUGAGUUGAAGUAAAGCUUAUUCAUUUCUUUUUAGGCUUUUCAGGUAAAUGGAAAAAGACAAAUAUUUCUGUCAAUAACAGACAGUGGUAGUAAAUGCAGGUCAUUUAUCCUUUCUAGAAAUUAUAUAUUUCUGGAAGACAUUUAGGUGAAAGCCUUUUACUUUUUAAAAAUUUGGUGUGAAAUCAGAAUAGAACAGUUUGAGAAUGUGUGACUUUCUGGCAUUUGCCAAAGGAACAGACGGCCUGAGGCACUGCUCUGAACAAAUUAUAAAUGGGAACUAUUUUUGUCAUAAGUUUAGAUUUUACUUCCUUUGUAUGUUACCUGAGGCAACUGGUUAGUGUACUGCUGGAGGUUUGCAUAGAUUAUGAUUUUGGGUUUAAGUCCCUUGCAUUAUUUUAUUUUUCAUUUAUUAAAGUAUACUAAUUGAAAAAUUGUUUAGCUGUAUUGGUAAUUAAUAAGCCUUUUCAUUUCUAAGGACUUGUUUCAAAUUUCUUUGUGAAAUGUAUACUAACAGAUACUGUAUUUCUUUUUUUCUACUGUGUCAGCCAAUCUAGAUAUUUUGUUGAUUUUUAGGAUAUGCAAGAUGCUGUUCAUGUUGGUUAAAUUGUAGGACUAUUUUAAUGAAGAAUUGCAAUGACCAGCUUGAAUAUCUUCCCAUAGUUAUUGCCUGUGCGUUGUGAGUUGUGUAAUCAUCAGAGCUGACAUAAAAUCUACCCUCCCCCCACCCCUCAUAUGAUAAUCGAUAUGCUAUUUUUUCCACUAGCCAAAGGGUGCUUCCUCUUGGUUUCUAGUCACAAGGUAAGUGGGGAGAAUAGCAUAUCAUUGCGAGGGGGAAAAAAAAAAGCUCUGACCGUACCAUUUGUAUCUGAAAACCUUGUGAUUAUUUAUAUAUAAACUGUAUAUCCAUGCAUAGAGGUGCAUGUCCUCUUCUAUGAAACAAGUUUUUAAAUGCAUACAUAUCUUUACACAUAAUUACACACAUACCAGUUUUUGUGCAUGUAGAGGUGUAUGAGUUUGUGUACACAGCAUCUGUACAUCACUCUUACUGUAAAACAAUAUUGGCAAUGUGAGAAAGAUUUAACAUGGUAUUAUACCACAGUAAUACCUUUUUUUCAAUUAUUUAUAUUGUACUUACAAGAAACUAUCUUCAACAUGUGUUUAUGUAGGAUUUAGGUAUUAAAGAUAUCCUCAAAAAGUGGUGCAGAGUUCUGUGGACAAGGAAGAGAAAAUGCUACGAGGUGAAAGGCUCUUGUACGGUAACAUUAGAGCAUUUUUGUGGGUAUUGCAAUCCUAGAGAUAACCUGGUAGUCAUGGAUAGGAGUGAGCAGCUUCGAUUUAGGACAUACUUGUUUAUACUGUUGAGUACUGUGUAUUUUUUCUUUUCUCUUUUUCAUAAAGCUCUUACAAGCAUUCUGAACUGUAAAUGUGAGGCACUAUAUAUGUACAGGAUGCUGAAAAUGUAGGUUAGUGUGUUAGUUCACAAAUGUGCUGUAUAUUUUGUAUUUAUUAAUCAAUUAGCAUUCAUUUCUCUCUUCCUUGAUAACUGUAAUUAGUUUAAAAAACAUUAGAGAUUUGGAAGAAGGCAGACGAAUUGUAAUGUAUAUUGUAACAUAUGGCUCAUAUACCAAAAAAUAAAUACAGUGAGUUUGCCAUUCUUUCCCACCAAUUCUUAGUAAACUGUUUUUUCCUUUUUUCCUGAUAUCUUCCAAGAAUGAGGAAGAUGUGCUUAGUAAAGAAGCUCAGGGGAAGACCUCAAGUAAUAGGGAUGGGCAAAUGGGUAUUGGAUUGUAUGCUUGAAGUUUUCUACUGAGCUUCUUAUUGUCUGUUAAACAGAUACGAGGCUGAUGAAUAAAAUUUAUGUUAUAAAA